AUGGCUGAGAUGGAGAAAGAAGGAACCCCGGAAAACAAGAGGAGCAGAAAACCAGCUCACCCAGUGAAGAGGGAAAUUAAUGCGGAGAUGAAGGUCCCGGCCAAUCGGCCCCUCCCAGAGGCGGGGCAGGCAGGCAAUCUCCAUGGCAACUCGCCCUACUUGAUGAGUUUUGCCGAAAACACAAUGAAUGAGUUACUUGGCUGGUACGGAUAUGACAAAGUGGAAUUACGAGAUUCAGACGACAUUGACAUCCGUAACUACCCUGAUGGAGAUAUGCGGCAACACAUCUCUGUCCUGAAAGAGAACUCUUCACUAAAAGCAUCUACAUUGGAGAACAGCACUGGUUCUCCUCUGCAUGCCAACAGCUCUGGCUCUACUCCCACAUCAUGGAAUGGAGUGACAGCCGAGGUGUCUGCAAACCCCUCCUCCUCUAAGGAGCAUGAAGGCCUGCCAAUCAUAGUGCCCUUAAUACCGCCCCCUCUGAUCAAAGCACCAUCAGAGGAGGACACCUCUAAUGUUCAGAUAAUGUGUGCAUGGUGUCAGAAAGUGGGAGUGAAGCGUUAUUCUCUCAGUAUGGGCUCUGAGAUGAAGAGUUUCUGUAGUGAGAAAUGCUUCGCCGCCUGCCGUCGUGCAUACUUCAAACGCAACAAGGCCAGAGAGGAGGAGGGCGUUCCACACCACAGCUUGUCCAAAGACACGCCCAGACUUGUCCUCAAGACAAACAGCGAUGUGCUUGUCUGUGACUGGUGCAAACAUAUCCGCCACACUAAGGAAUACCUGGAUUUUGGUGCGGGGGAGAGGCGGCUCCAGUUCUGCAGUGCAAAGUGUCUGAACCAAUAUAAGAUGGACAUAUUCUAUAAAGAGACUCAGGCUGCACUGCCAGGGGUACUAUGUAACCCUCCUCUUUCUGCGAGUGAUACUAAAUCAGAGAGCGGAUCAGGUGUACAGAUCCUUACACCUGAGUCCUGGAGCGCACCUCUAAACGAACUCCGCUGUCGCAGGGCACCGUCACCAGGGGGCUCCACCACUAUUGCCGGACCCUCUGGAUCUACAUUGGGGUCACUGUCUGAAACUGGAACUGUGUGUUCAUCCUCAUCAUCUUCAUCAUCCUCAUCAUCAUCAUCAUCAUCCACAAAGAUCCCCACACCGCGGCCACAUGGAAGUCCUGCAUUACCACCCCCUCCCCCACCUCCUUUAGCGGGUUUACAUCCAGCUAUGGGUAUGCCGCCUGGCAGCCCGCAGAUGAUCAUGACUCCCCGUGGCCCAGUUCCUCUCCCUCUCUUUAUGGAGCACCAGAUGAUGCAGCACAUUCGUCCUCCGUUCCUACGUCCACCAGGCCCCAACAGCCCCCAUUCCAAUCCCAUGAUUCCUGGCAUUGGCCCGCCACCACCUCAUCGGACUUUGGGUCCUCCGUCGAGCCCCAUGCACCGCCCGCUCCUAUCUCCUCAUGUACACCCGUCCUCCACUCCAACACUUGCUGGGAACCCUCCAGGUAUGUUGCCCCCUCACCCUGGCCCUCAUAUGCCAGCCUUGACUUUUCCCCCAUUUAACAUGAUGCGAACUGGACCCAUGCCACAUCCGCACUAUAUGAAUAUCGGCAUGCCUUCUCUGGCCCCCUUAGUGCCACCACCUAUUUUAUUAGUGCCCUAUCCAGUGAUUGUGCCAUUACCAGUCCCUAUACCCAUACCUGUGCCCAUACCGUUCUGUCCGAAAUCAUCAGGUGAUCGACCAGGAAAUGACGGAACACUUCCGAAUGCUGCAAGUGAGCGCAGUGAUUCAAGGGCAACACCCUCAUUUUCUCCCAGCUCCUCCAGAGGGGAGGAGAGAGACCUUCAGCAAGCCCCUCCCAACUCAGAUACACUCUCACCUGGCUUUUCCAAGCAGACAGAUCAGGGCAGGACAAACGUUUUUGAUCUGAUGGUUAAAACAGAAAUCUCUGAUAUUGGAAGCUGUGGAAACUCUCACAAAGACAAACCAGCAGAUGGAGUCAUUGAUCUAACAACCAACCGUCACUCCAGGCAACAGCUAGUUAUCCAGAAGUCGGUAACCUGUGUGCAGGUAAAGCCAGAACCUGGAAUAAGCCCACCACCUGUGCUUGGACCCUUACAGUUAAGAGAAACUCGGGUGGAUGGGACGGCCACUACAAGCACAAGCACAAUAGAAGAUAACCACGGACACAGUAAUGCUGAAAGCCCAUUGGUUAGUGUGGCACUGCCAUGUGCCAACCCUUCCUACUGCAGUGGAACUCCGCCUCUUUCUCAGCCAAUCACAUGCAGCACUACCACUGUUCCUAGCAACAUCACCACAACUAAAACUGAGCCUGGGCCUGCAACGCCCUGCAAUGUGAUCGUUAAUGGGAGCUGUAAUGUGCUAUCUGCAGAGGGUCUGAUCAGGACAACACAGUUAGAACAGCGCCCCCUAGUGGACCCCUGCCGCAGGACCGCCACUGUUUGUGACGAGUCUGCUGGGGCAGAUUUAGGAGAGGACCUGAAAGAGAACAGCUUCUUGGCUAAGGAAAGAGACUCGGCAGGUAAGAGAAGCUCAAGUGACCAGUCUGCCAUUACAACAGGAACAGGGGAGGACAAAUCUCAGAGCCCUGAAGAUCCCCCAUCUGGUGAGGACCAUGCCUAUGCCCUGCCCCUGAUGCCCAAACCUGGCUGUGUCAUUCAGCCCGUGCCCAAACCUGCUGACAAAACCGCUGCCAUCCUGCCAUGUGGCUUGACAGUGCCAUUAACAGGAUCGGUGCCUAUGGAAAUGCAGCCUCCGCUGAAGAGAAGGUGUCUGCGUAUUCGAAAUCAAAACAAGUGACACAGAUACAGAGAUGUUAACAUCUCACCGAAGGGAUAAAGAGCACGGCUUUGCAGCAGACACCAUCAGAUGUCCACAGACUCCACCCUCAAUCCAGCCAAUCAAGAUGUCAACCUUGUUUUCUCCACUUUUCCAAACCUGCACAUGCACACUCUGAAAUAGCAUUGAUUAUUCUGAUUGGGUAGCUGCGUGAUCCAUCUCCACCCCUUUACAGACUGGCACAAAGUGUAAACCUAUGGAGUAGAUCGACUGUGAUGUUUGAACUUCACUUGUGAUAUCUUGAGGCAUAAUGUGGUCUCAGACUGCUUAUUGAAGAAAGAAAUUUCUCUUCCUCUCCACUCUAUACCAUCCAUCCAUGAAUUGCUAUUGAGAGGACUCUACACCUACUGGGUGGAGGUGGUGUUAAUAAACAUAAACAGAUUUUUUAGAGUUGCCAUAGGGCCCAGAGGGUGGGUCUCAAGCCAAACGGUCAGAAAAUGUAAACCAGACUGCAAAUCAAACAUGCUCAUGUAUAAUGACACAGUCAGAUUUGGAACAGGGUCAGUCAAAUCCUGCCACAGUUGGAUGAACUAGUUUUCUGCUUUGUUAGUGCAUUCAAAAAUCUGGACAUUUGGGUCUAAAUCACAUGCCAUUGCUAGUGAUUUAAUAUCCUCAGUCAGAGAGACAAUUCAGACCCAGAGCUGCACUAAAGAUGAACCUAAAACUCUCUGAAUACUUUGUAUGCUCAGAUAUUUCAGAGAGUCCCAAUCUGUUCCCCUGAAUCUAUGUAUCAGUAUCUGCAACACCAGCAAAACACUCUGUACUAUUUCUUAACCUCUUUCCUUUCACCCUUUCUCUCCUUUCUGAGAGGUUUUCAGGAGCUGGACACUAAAAAAAGACCGGAAGAGAGAAAAGUACACACCGUAGAGGGAGUCAAAUAAUCACAGCGGGAGCACGAAAACAGAAAGAUGGAGAGAACUUUUAUUUCAUCGUUAUGAAGAAGCUGGAAACUCAUCCACCAUUUGAGCAGCUCUGUUGAAAAGAUCAGUUUAGACUGUGCUGGUCCAAGCUGCUUAGUGCUGUUUUGGUGCUGGCCAUAAAAAUGCUGAUCAACCAGCAUGGUCUUUAAGGUGAAGCUGGUUGAGGAAGUCUCACUGGUUAAGAUCAUUAGAAAUCCUGUUGUGGACACCAGCACAUAAACAUCCUCUGCCAGGGACCAGCAUUCAAACACAAGAUAUGUAGAUGACCAGCAAUGCUAGCCUUUACAACAGGGAAGGUAAAAGAAUGUUAUGGAUUUUUUGCUGGUUUAUCUGCAUAUUUUUGUUCAAUUCGCUUAUUCACUGAUUUGAUUGAGGAUAACAGGGUAUAGAACUCACUAAGCGUCUUUGUGAACUGUUGAAAUGGCUGCUGGCUUUGCUGCGAAUGGGUUGGAGAAUGUCCCACCACAUUGCAAAAUAAGUGAGCUGAAAUGAGCUGAGUUCAAUCACUGUCACUCGACAUAGCUCAGUGACGAGCAGGUCUAACUCUGCUGGUGGGUUGUGAUGUACAAGAUGGUUAGAUUGAAACAUUUAUCUACAGUGGCAUUUGGAUUUUAUUUCUGAUCAUUUAUUUUAGAAUCCAUCUUAAUUAAAGGUGAAGUGUGUCAUUUUUUUAAAAUGUAAAAUUAUUAUAAUUGUUUUCAAUUUUGUUUGGUGCUGCUUGAGGCACAGAUAUGACACCAUUCACCAUUCAUUUUAAAUGAGUAAUCAAUGGUGUACAAUCACAACCAGUCGAGCGGUCAGUCAGUGUCUCUCGGUCAGCAGUGAAAUGGUGUGAAGGAUGCAUUCCUGAAGUUCAUUUAAAAAAAAAAAAUGUUAAGCUUUUUUUUUUUUUUUUGCCAAAUCCCAAUCAGUGCUAAAUUAUAUUCAACAUUACUUCCUUUCCAGCUAUUGCAACAAAAACGGUUUCAUUCCCAGCUCCAAGGUGCCUCAGUGUAGUGUUAACUUCCACUGGGUGCCAAGAACAUUUUACUGAAAGGAAGACUGGGUAGGCGAGGUGGACAAAGAGCCAAAUGAUAAGUUACAAAGAGCUGAGUGCAUGGUUAGAAACUAUAUGCAUCUGUUAUUUGUUUGACUAAACUGAAGGAGUGAACCUUAAAGCCAAGCAUGUUUAUGUGUGGGAGAGAAUGUGUGUCAAAUUUCUAAACUAGUUAUAGCCAAAACAGAGUUAAACAUUGACGUUUGCCAAUUUAUUUUGGAGGUAUUUUGGUGUCAAAACUUUGUCAAGCAAGGUAGGGGGACAAAAAUACACCACCUGGGAACAUAACGGAUUAAUAGUAUCUGAAAUGGGCAAAAGUUUAGCCAAAAUUGCAGUUGUACAUGAAGAUAGGAAGUAUGACUAAAAGUGAAAUUUCCUCACCAAACAAGAUUUUGUUUUGUGUUUUUCUUUGAUUACUCUGCUCAUUGCUUGAGUCAAACUUGUUGACCAACAGUGACCUGAAUCUCCCCUCUUUUCCCUUCUACCUUUUCCACUUCUCUCUCUUUCCCCAAUUCCAUCCAUCUUACUUUUUUCUCUGCUCCUGGACGAUGUACAAAGAGAAGUGAAAUCCUACCCUAUCCCUCUGUACUUUUUCCUACAGGAUUCAGUUUCGCAGUGGUUUAUUUUUUUAAGACUAGGCUCAGAGGACUAAUUGUGACUGGUUGUGAGUAAGGACUGGAUUUCUCUUUUGGGUUUGUAUGUGGCUGGGUUUCAUUUCAGUGUCAGAUUUACACACACACACACACACACACACACUGUCAAAUCUGUCAGAUUUAUUUAGUCAGUGUUGAUAUGGCUGGCUGACCCUCCUUCUGGAUGAAGGUGUUACAGAGAACAUAUUGAUAAAAAGGGUGAAAUGUCAGAGAAACACACACACACACACACUUAAAGAGCCAUGCUUAGUCAUUUAUUCAAUGUACAUGAAUCAUUGUGUGUGUUUGUGUGUAGGGGGACGGCACAUCAAGGGCUGCAUGGGACACACAGAUUCUUAGUGUUGGGAUAUGAGAUUCUUAUGUGUGUGGUGCAACCAAACAUACCUGUCUGUAUUGGUUGAGAGGAGCCAGCAACAGCACUGCAAGUUGCUCUCAUUAUUGACUCAAAUUUCCUCCCUCUCUAUCUCCUCUUUCAUACUCAACCCUUUCUGCUCUCUUCUCUGUUUUCUCUGCUCUAAAUAUAUGCUACCAUUACAGGGAUAGUUCACCCACAAAUUAAAAUGAUGUUAUUAUUAAAUCAACCUCGUGUUGUUCCAAAACAUGUAUUAAUUUCUUCCAUGGAACAGAUGUUAGAUAAAAAGACAGCCUCCGUCACAAUUCACUCUCAUUGUGUGGUAAAACAUGAAAGUGCAAUGCAAUAAAAGUGAAAUGGUGACUGCAUUUCUGCAUUGACAUGAAAGAAUGAAUGUGUUUGGAACAAUAUGAGGGUGAGUAAAUGAUGACAGAUUUUUCAUUUUUGGGCGAACUAGCCCUUUAAGGUAAUAUUUCAAAUAUUGCAUAAUGUGAGUGCAUUUUCUGAACUCUCCCAGACUUAGCUCUGCUCAGCAGCCGCAUCUGAAACCGUGACUACUGAAGUCAACAUAUGGAAAACAUAUAAUGCAUUCAUGUGAUGAUGCCUGUGAUAUGGUUAAGUUGUCAUCUAAACAAACUCACACACACUCACAGGCAUUCACUCAUGUGUUCAAACUUUCAGUUUAAAUUAAAAUCUGAAAAGUUUAAGUGCAUUCAGAGUACAUGGUGAAAGUUUACAUCCUAGGGGAAACUAACCAUCUGUUCACCAAGACAGAUAGUAAAUUAUUCAAUCAGAUUUCUAACAUUGUAUUCCCAUCUUCAACUGGCUCAAACUAACGAACUUACUCUAUAAUGACAUGCUAUUGGAUGAAACAGCUGUGUCUGUUAUAAAUGUAAUGCUUAAGAAACUGAUUACUUAAAGGGAUAGUUCACCCAAAAUGAAAAGUCUGCCAUUAUUUACUUUCUUUCUUCUGUGAGACACAAAAGGAGAUGUGAGGCAGACAGUUAGGUACUGACAGCCUCAGUCACCAUUGAGUUUCAUUAUAUGGAAAAAUGUCAAAAUUAAAAAAAAAAUCUUGUGUAACACGGAAGAAAAUAAUAUUUGGGUUUGGAACAACAACAGUGAGUAAAUGACAGAAUAUAAAUUUUUGGUUGAACUGUCCUUUUAAACAUACUUAAAAUGGUGCAUGAAGGAAAAAUAUAAUUUCAUAUUGGACUUACUGAAAUUACCAUUCAUAAAACUGCACGUGCCACCCAAACGCCCCAUUACUGCUCAUGUCACACCAAAGAGCCAGACAUGAAAUAUGAUUUUCUUUUUUCACUUCCGUCUGUGUGUGUGUGUGUGUGUGUGUGUGUGUGUGUGACCUUGCUGUUGUAAUAGAGCACUACAGACUGGGCUGGGACAGAUAUAGCCCUGAAACUCAACCCUGUUGUAGUGUCUGCGGUUCCACACAGACAAGACAAUGACACCAGCAAAAAUGUGUGUGUCGCGGAGGACAUAGCAUUUGAUGCUGUCCUUGACAACAACAGAGAGACAGUAUGUGUGUGUGUGUGUGUGUGUGUGUGUAUUGUAUGUAAUGGUAAACACUGUAAAACUGUUAACUAUUACAAUCAGACACAAAUUGUUCUGCAUAAUAUCCAAAAAGUUAAAAUUUCCCUCAUAAGUUCCCAAUUCCAUUAGCAGUUCUGACAAAUUUGAGAAAAAUCAACCAUUUUCUUUAGCUGUCCCUCUUACAGGUGGUCAGGUUUCUAUGUUGGCUGGUUAUAGAGGAUUUUUCAGCUGGUCAUUCAGUAAGCUAAACCAACAUUAGCACCAGCUUGUCCAGGCUGGGAGACCAUCUAAGACCAGCAAACUAGUGUAGGCUGGUUUAAGAUGUUUUUCAACAGCGGUCCAAGUAGCCACUAGUUGUCGCUUUGUUUGCCAUACUGACAUACUGAGUUAGUGGCAUACAGUGUGCCCACUAGAGGGGAGUGAAUCCAUCUUGUUAACAAGCUCAAAUCAGGACAACCAAGAGCCCCAUGGAGUUAAGUGAACUGAAAUAACAAACCAUCAAAGAGGGUUUGCUUGAGUGCAAUACUGUAAUCCAAGAGUGUUUCAAAGGAUCUAGAAGAGAGACGCCUGUUUUAGUGGCCAAACUGUCGUUCAGCCCUGAGGCUUGGUACACAGAACAUUCAGGUUUUUUAUUCCCCAAAAUUAGUCUGAAAAGUUGGAGAGCUUCUGUUCAGUCAGAGAGGGGAACAUGAGCACUGCAUUGGCAAAGCCACAUGCAGAAACAGCAUGGAGGUACAGAAACUCACAUACCCAAAUACCAGCAAAACCAUUCAAUCCAUUCAUCACCAAGCUAUGUUUUACAGACUGAAAUAAAAAGGCAUAAUCAAAUCAAAGCACUUGCAUCUCACCUCUGCUGUAAUGCUGUAAAAUCAAUAGAACAGGAAAACAGAGGCAGGUUCAAUGUGAAUUUUCAAAGGUAUGAUUCAAAGCGUGCUUCAAAGGUGUCAAGUAGUAGCUAUGUAAGAAACAUGUUUUCCUACCAUUCUUGUGGUCGGUGUAAAGGAUAGUUUUGUCAGCAGCCUGAAUUAUGCAACAACAAAUUCUUAUUUCUGCACUCUGUGUGAGAGGCACUAUGUCUAAAAACAAACAAAAGAAUCAAACUGCAGUUUUCAAGUUCUAAUGCUAAAACUUUUUGAGCUGCCUUAAUUCUUUAUGUGCUCUGUAAUUAACAACACCUGCUUGUUUUAAAAUCCCUCUUUGUAAAAAAACACACAAAUCAACUUUGUUAUUUGGCUAGUAUGGAUGUAUAGAUGCUUUUUCUGUGUUCUUUAUGAAUCUGAGAUUUUGCUAAAUUUGUCCACCUCUCACUCGUCCCACCCUUUCACCCCCAAAACCUUGUACAUUUGCCCUUGUUGUUUCUCAGUUCUUUUGUUUUUCAUAUACUUGCAGAACAUUUUAUAGUAUUAUUUAUUACUGGCAAGCAUUUGCAUUUGCAAAUAAUAAAAGAACGAUGGUUCUUUGAACAGGGUAGCAAGAGGCAGCAAAGCUGCCCAAUGAAACGUAUGUCUGUUUGAUUUUUUAUUAUUAUUUUCUAAAUUAAGAAAGGAAACAGAAAGAGAAAAUGAAAAAUACAAACUUGUCUUUUGAUUAUGAAGUAAUUCUAAAACUUGUUGCUUUAAAAUGUAUAAUUUUGUGUUGUAACACUAUUUGUUUAACCCAGUGAAUUGCUUAUUAAAAACAAAUAAAUAGAGGCAC